AUGGCCGCUCCACAUGGCUCCCCUGCCGCCGCCGGCAGUGAGAAGCCUGCGAUGCCGGCGUUUCGCAGCUACAUUAGUGUUGAGCUGCCCUUCGCCGUGACUCCAACCGUCACCACAUCGUCGGCGAUGCUCGACGGCACAGAUCACCCGAGUACGUCGGCACACGCGGGAGAGCGGCGCGAGGUGGAGGCCUUCCUGCCGGCGUCGUUUGUCGUUCCAUGUCUUCACCGCGCCACGCCACAGCAAACGACAGCUCGCGGCGAUGCGGGGGCCGCGCACGACAGCGCGGAGGAGCCAGGAGAUGAUGAUGGCGCCGACGAUGUGCCGAGUAGCAGUAGCGGCAGCGACAGCGACGAGAGUGCGUCGCGCGCCCUCCCACCCACUGUGGCGAAGCGGACAGCUGUCCAGGCGGCGCGCGGUGUGGGCGGACAGCGGACGGAGCUGCAUCUCCUCACGCGCCAUCACCACCACUACUGUACCGUGCCAAUCUUCAGCGGGUGGCGCAGCACGAACUGGGGCAGCGGCAGCGACGAGGAGGAUGAAGGGGACCGUGCAAGCGACACCGGAGUCAGCGGGGACAGGUGCGCGGAUGAGCAAGAUGCAGCGGAGGCGGCGCACCUGCAAGCGCAGAAGCGCCGCCGCCGCGAGGUAUUCGCCUCGAUGGAGCCGCAGUUGCUUCUCAACGGGUACUACCGCAACGACCUGUUGCUGCGGGUGCGCCAGCGCCGCCGCAUCCGCCGGUACCGCGACCCCGUCACCAACGCCGUGCUUCGCGAGGAGGAAGUAGACAGCGCGGAGGAGGGGCAAGGGGGAUCUGCGCACGACGACACGGACGCGCGUGACACGGCCAGGACGAGUGGCCUGAGUGCGGAGGUGGUUGGGGUAGUGUCGCGCGAGAUGGAGCUGGCACGUCCAGCCGACUUUACAUUUGCGCUCUUCACACCGGAGCAGCUGCAGGCGGCGCCGUCGCUCUGCGGCGCGGACGUCUUUCCGCCGCAGCACUUCUUGAGCGCGCGGGCCCCGUUCGAGGUGAGAUACGAGCCCGGCAGAGACCCGAACACCGCCGUGGCGACCGUCUCGGCAACGGCAGCGCCGAGAGACGACCGGCUCGCGGUGGAUGCCAACGGUGACGCGGCAGCGGCGCAGUACGACUUUGCGACGCUGCCAACCAUCAGCAUCAGCGCGGAGGAAUCGACCGUGUUGCCGACGCGACAGGCGGCGCACAACAGCUUCCUGCGCUCGAUGGGAAGCUCCCUCGAUGGCGGGCUCGACACUGACCCGCCCGAGGUUCAAAUGAUGGUGCGCCUGCUGGCGGAGCGGCCGUCGUGGGUGGUGCAGGACCUGCAGGACGCCAUGCUGCAGUCGGGCCUGUGCCCGCGCGCGUACCGCAACAAGCAGGUGAUGCAGUGCUUCACGUACCUCAUUCGCAACGGCCCGUUCAACCGCCUGCGGCUGCGACUCGGCUAUGACCCGUACGCGAGCGCCAGCAGCGUCGUGUACGAGCGCAUUACGGUGCGGCUGCUGCGCCGCUCCGACGUCGGUGUGCGACUACGGGACGUGUCGCGCUCGCCUCACAUUGAAAGCGUGCUGCGGCUGCUGCUCGAGCGCGACAGGGUGCGGCGCGUCGAGUACAAGAGCCUGCCAGGCCACGCGCGCCGUCAGACGCUGCUGGAGAUGCAGUGCCGCAACAUACGCCGCGGGCAGCUCUACGUCCCGUUCCAACUCGCCGACGUGAUGGACGACCCGUACAUGGCGGACGUGGUGCGCUGCGUCGAGUCCGCGGCUGCGCCGAUGGAGUUGGCGCGGCGUGGGCAGCGGCGCGGCUGGCUCAGUGAGGCAGCGUACUCGCGCGCCAUGGCCCACUACUCCGACGCGCUAGUGGCGCUGCUGGAGGAGGAGGUCGAACCGCGGCUGCGCAAGUUACAGGGCGAGGAGGACGCUGAGGGGAACGCAACGAACGAUGAUAAGGCCGCCGAGAGCAGCACCUCCUCGUCCAGGGACGAGGAAAUGGAGGACGAGGACGACUCGGCCAUAUUCUCCGUCUCCGCCGGCGACCUCUCCGAAGCGGAGGACGACGAGUAA